AUGCUUGGACCGACUAAACUGACAAAGAAUUCAUCUGCUCCUCAAAGCCAUGACAUGAUAGUUCCGUUUCCUCAAAUUACCCCCCCUCCCCCCUCUUUACUUGGCAUGUCUGGCUUAACCCGUGUCAAGGUAAAUGACAACGUCCCCACUUUUCCCCUUUCUCAUCUGCCAAAAAUGCUCAUCCAUGAAGGGGGCAAUAGGGGACCCAUUGGGGCCCACGAUGAAGGUGGGGUUCUGGAGAGGCUGAAAACACAGGAUGUGGCAUGCAAGAUGAUGCUGGUAUGUGAAUUCAGUUUUGAUAGGCAUGAUGAGGAGAUUGUUGUUACACCCGAUCAGGCAGAUGCAUGCAGUCUUGGGUAUUAUUGGAGAGUCCAGCCUUUAUGCUAG